AUGAAAAACGAUCAUCGUCGGUGGACAUGGGAAACGCCCAAUGGCGCGACUCGUGCGGAGAUCGACCACAUACUCACCAACCGGAGGUGGUGUCUACUUGACGUCUCAGUAGUACCAUCCUUUUGUAGUGGUUCUGAUCACCGUCUCCUUCGUGCGAAAAUACGACUUAGCCACACGAUGGAAAAGAACAUCUGCUAUCGGCAACGAAGGAGAAAAGAAGUCGUCUACGACGAUUGCGUACUCGAGGACUCCUUGUCCCAAGGUGACUGGCACAUCGAGGAGGACCCAAACGUGGACUACGAGAUGCUGCUCAGAGGAUUACGAGCCUGUGCUGAGCGUGCCUCGAAGCCGCGCACGACAAACUUGGAUCGAAUUUCGAAGACCACCAAGGAAUUGUUGGAAAGAAGAAGGGCUUUGAGGCUUGAUCCGAAUGCAUCGCACAUUGAGCGGUUAGUAGCAAACACUAGCUGCAGAGAAGCGUUGCAGGAGGAUCUUUUGAAGUACAGGCAGAAGAAGAUUCUAGAAGCAGCACAAAGAAGAACGAGUCUAAAGAAGUGCCGCAGGGAUCUCCGCGAAUAUAAUAUUCCGCUAGCAACCUUGCUGAGCGAAGACGGGACUCGCACGUCUUCUCGUCGUGAGAUGGAAAUCAUUACGGAGAGGUUCUACUCGAACCUUUUCCGUUCAUCAACUCCUGUGUCAAGCCCGAUCAUCCCCACUGGUGAAGCUCCACCACGGAUUCUCCCUUCGGAAGUACGAGUCGCUAUCAAGAGCAUGAAACCUGGCACAGCCCCCGGACCUGAUUUCAUAUCAGCAGGCUUUCUUCGGGCUGGUGGCCAUCCGCUUCAUGUAAUCUUAGCAGCGCACAUGACAUCCUUCCUUCAGAAAGAAAGGAUCCCAGACCAGUGGAAGACCUCGCGAACCGUUCUUAUCCAUAAGAAAGGUGACCGAGAGGACCUUCGGAACUACCGUCCGAUAUGCUUGCUGAGCGUGUUAUACAAAGUAUUCACCAAGAUCAUCCUCACACGCAUAUCUAGGACGCUGGAUGAAGCCCAGCCUCAAGAACAAGCUGGAUUCCGCCAGGGGUUCAGCUGCUUGGACCACAUCCAGACCGUGUCGAGGGUCAUAGAGGUUUGCCGGGAAUACCGCCUGCCCCUUGUUCUAACCUUCGUCGACUAUGAGAAAGCCUUUGACAGCGUAGAAACGAAUGCAAUACUGUCAGCGCUGGUCGAUCAAGGUGUGGACGCGUCGUAUGUGAGGACAUUAGCCAAUUGCUACGAACGAUGCACGACUAGGAUACAGCUUUUCCACCGCCCUCUCACCAUACCCAUUGGAAAGGGGGUACGACAAGGCGAUACUAUAUCGCCGAAGCCUUAUGCAUUGCAAUGGAUAAUGAAAUCACUAUCCUGGGAAGAAAGGGGCAUACGUGUUGAUGGAAGAUUUCUUUCGAACCUUCGUUUCGCGGACGACAUCGUUCUCUUUUCGAGCAGUACCAGUGAAGCAGAAACGAUGCUCAACGAAUUGAACGAAGCAGGGAAGAGAAUAGGACUACGAAUAAAUAGAAAAAAUACACAGUUCAUGAAGAACGCCCACUGCGAGGACGGAGGACUACAACUUGAAGGCUCCCAAAUCGUGGAAACUCCGUCAUACGUAUACCUCGGACGUUCUAUGAACAUGGAAAACGACUUGAAGGAAGAACUGAAUAGAAGAAUGAGAGCAGCAUCGGCAGCAUUCGCAGCCGUCAGGGAAGCUACGGACAAACUGACGGACCAAGAUCUUCGUGCCCAUCUGUUCGACUCGACAGUCCUUCCAUCGUUUUGUUACGCAGCGGAGACGUGGGCAGACACCGCGGUCAAGCUAGGAAGCCAGGAAGCUACUUACUACCCACAGAGCCCUUGA